UCUGUGAUAUUUCAGCAAUGUGCAGUGCAGUCACAUCAGCAGUUGUGGUACGGCUGCAGCAGCGUCCCUGACGCGCAGAGGCUGCCUACUCUCCAUACCGCGGGGGAUAAUCCCAAAAUUCUUGGUUUGCGACCCAACCGCAAACCCACGAUCCUCGGAGAAAGAUACUUUUGUUUAGCACCCAAUCCGCCAUCCAUGGCUUCAUCCGGGAGUGGAAUGGAGGAAGUGCGCGUAUCGGCGUUGACGCCCCUGAAGUUGGUGGGCUUGGUGUGCGUCUUCCUCGCGCUCUGCCUGGAUGUCGGAGCUGUGUUGAGCCCCGCGUGGGUAACGGCGGAUAACCAGUACUACCUGUCUCUGUGGGAGUCCUGCUGGAAGCCCGUCACCUCGGACACAUGGCAGUGCAACACCACACUCGAGACUGACUGGCAGAUUGCCACGCUGGUUCUGUUGCUGGGUGGUGCAGCCCUCAUCCUGUUCUCCUUCCUGGUGGCCCUGGUGUCAGUGUGGUUCGGCUCCAGGAGCCACUGCUACAGACCCAUUGCUGUCAUGCUGUUCGCUGCAGUGGUGCUCCAGGUCUGCAGUUUGAUCCUCUACCCUGUUAAGUUCAUUGAGACGGUCAGCCUGAGGAUAUACCACGAGUUCAACUGGGGCUAUGGCCUCGCCUGUGGGGCCACCAUCUUCUCUUUUGGAGGGGCCAUUCUCUACUGCCUCAACCCCAAGAACUAUGACGACUACUACUAAACCCUGCAAGAUUAGAGAGGAGGAGAGGCCUCUACACAACUUCAUUUCCCCCCACACUCGCUGUGAAAGCAGCUGAAACACUGAACCUUAUCGAACUGGUAGAGAAAACACAUGUUCACACACAUCAAUUGGAGAAUCAACAACAGUAGUGUCUAUCUAUACAUUCAAACCUUUACAAUACUGUACUAUACCAGACUUAAAGGGACACGCUUUAGCACAGUAUGAGCUUGUGGCCUCCACAGGCAUCUCCGCCUGUGUUGUGACCAACAUCUGCCAUAGGCUAAGUGGUGAGGCUAAAGAGCCAAUCAGACAGUUCAAUGGAAUACUACUUACCAAUCAGAUUCACCAGUGAAAUCAUGUCCACAUUCUGAGCCAACAGUAGGUCCCCUUUAAUGCAGGAACUCCAGUAGGAAUUGGCAGCACAAUGCUUUGUCAUGAAUAAACCACAGAGAAGGGACAGCUGAGAGUGACGGACACACAGACCAAUCGGAGAGCAGAGGGAUGGGCCAGGUGGACAGAUUGAUCUUGAGGAAAGGAAGGUGACUCACCUAAGAAAAGGAAUCAAGGAUGCAUGACAUCACCCCCACUCAUAUAAGUGAUUACCUUUGCUUGUGCCUUUAUUUAAUCUGUGCCAAUCUAAAAGAAGAUUGGAUGGGUUAAGGCAGGCAGCAUAGAGUCAUUUGCUUUUACUUAUACUGCAAAAUGUGUAGAAUUGCAGAGAAUUAGUUGUAAAACUCUUGAGUCUCUCCACCCUUGGCAACAUGUGUAGAAUUGCAACAAACUUGCUUUUAAAACUGCAACAUUUUCUCUACGCCCCAUGGAAGAAUUUGUAGAAUUGCAGGAAAUUGAAACUCUAAAACUCUUUUUUUCCUCUCCGCUGUCAAGAGGGGACGCUAAAAUGCUCGCAGGGUGCCUGUAUGGGUAUGGAUGUGGGUACGCAGACCUGCGAUCCACUGCUGCCCCUCGUGAUGAGUUCAGAUUUUUAAUGGCCCCCAACUCUAAUCUAAAACCAACUGUACCCUGCGGCCUAACCCCAUCUGUGCCUGCUUCGAAUAGCAGCAGUUGUAUGAUAUGUAAAUAGAGUAGUUAGAGGUGCUUUUGUGUGGUAAAUGCAUUUCUAAUACAGUAAAUUAGAGAAGUAGUAGUAGUUUAUUUAAAGGGACAAUGUGCAAAUAAAAACACGUUUCAGACAGUGAAAUAUGAUGCUUGCACCAGAAUACGCUCAACACAGCUAAUUUUAAUCCACAGUCCCUAACUAAGCAAUACGAAAUACAUAAACAUACCUAAAUCCACACACAUCACUCAUACAGUAGUAUAGUACAAUAUAACACAGGGGUGUCAAACUCAUUCCACGGAGGACCAAGUGUCUGGGUUUUUUUUUUUUCCAUUUAAUUAAGACCUAGACAACCAGGUGAGGGGAGUUCCUUACUGAUUAGUGACCUUAAUCCAUCAAUCAAGUACACUCGGCCCUCUGUGGAAUGAGUUUGACAUAUGUGAUAUAACAGAUGAAAGCAAACACAGGAAACAUUAAAUACAACUAAUAGAAUAAAACACAUUGAGACUUUUGUGCAUUAAGAAUUAGUCAAUGUGUGCAGGAUUGAUGCACCUUGAUCCAAGCUUUGAUUUAACCUUCAUGGAGAAGGAUUUAAAGUCGCUAGUGCUUCUGAAGGUAGACGGGCGGGAAUUCCAUUUUCUGAUGACUGAGGUGGAGAAUGCUGACUUUCCAUUCCUUUUAGGAAUGACACAGUCUCCUCUUGUUGAGGUUGAGGUCGCUGCUGUUUUGUUCCGCAACCUGGUCUCAAAGCAUUUUGCUUUAUUCUGUAUGCAAAUCCAUGACACUCCAUUUAGUAUCAUAUAAGAUUUGACAUGUUUGAUAUGUUGGGUUUUGUGUGGUAUGUAUUAAUUUGUGGAUGUCCAUCACCCAUUUCGUACAAUAUGUUACGAAUUCUAGCUAGGUGGCUAACGUUAGCCAGGCUAGGGGUUUGGGUUAAGUUUCGGAGUUAGGUUAAAGGUUAGGGGAAGAGUUAGCUAAAAGGGUUGAGGUUAGGGUUGAGGGAAGGGUUAGCUAACAUGCUAAGUAGUUGAAAACUAACAAAAAAAGUUGUAAGUAAUUGAAAAGUUGCUAAUUAGCCAAAAUGGUCCGUGAUGAAAUUCUAACACACAACCUUUGGGUUGCUAGAUCGCAUAGUUCGCAUUAAACACCCACCCAACUUUCAUAUUUACCAUAAGUAACCAUCUGUCUUAUGUAACCAUACCAAACGUAACAUAUUCAUUUCAGUGUCCCGGAUUUACAUGUACUAUGUUACGCUUAGUCGGAGACCAGGCUGUGUUCAGAGCUUAAAAUGACAAAAUCUUUCAGAGGUGGGGGUGCAACGUAGUUGAUAAUCUUAUAAACUAGACAGACAACUGAGAAAACAAAGUUUUGUAUUUGGGGAGAUUACUAUGGUGAUGGUAAUGUGAUUUCCCGUCAAGGAUAUUCAGUGCUUGUUUACAUAGAGAUCGAAGGGGCUUAAUUUAUGUUUCAUUGGCUUGAGGCCAGCUGGUUAUACAAUAGGUGAGAGAAGAUCAUUGCAUGUAAAUUCAUCUUGAUGUAUCGGAAAUUUGAAAGACAUAUCCGAUUUUGCUGGACAUCUUAAUGUUCUGUUGUUGUUCAAAGUAGGGUCUAGGUCAAUGCCCAAAUAUUUAAACUCUGGAUGAGUAUGUCUGGGUAAGCAUGUUUAGUUUUGUGGAGAAUUACAUCACUGCCGUUGUUCCCACAUUGACGUUGAGCCAUUUAGCCACUUUCUCCAAUGAUGUGUGUGAAGAAGGCAAACGACCAUUGUGUGUGUGUGUGAGAGAGGCCUGGAGCCAUAUGACCAGUCACUCCCACACUCCCCAUUCGAUGCCUCUUAUUGGUUGAAACUGUUGGGGUCUGCAUCCCAAACUGCACCCUAUUCCCAAUAACGCUCGUCUUGAAUACUCUGUAUUCAAGACAAGAGUAUAUUUGUCUAGAAUAUACUACAGUUCCUGAUCCAUAACAUCUUAAAAUGAAAGUUAGUUGGCCUUUAUAUUAAAAACAAUACAAGUAAAUGGAGUGUGUAGGAAUGCAUGUGUGCUUGGAGGUAGACAGUGUGUGCGUAGGAGCAGCGAGGCGUGUGUGUGUGUGCCGAGAGUGGAUGAGUAUGGAUUGCUGCUGCCGUGUGGCUGACGCCUAUUAGUUUGUUCACUACCACAAUAAAACAGGUAAUGGAAAAAG